AUGGAGUCGGACAAACCGUCCCGUUCGUCGGGCAGUAAUCGGAGCUGGCAGCGCGGAAGUUAUCGCGGUCGGAGCAGACGGCGGAAACGCAGGCGGAAGCCGUGGAAUAAGCGAAUCGCCGACUGGACCAGGUCCCUGGUAGCCUUUCUCUUCAGCAACGUGGGCAUCGUCUGCCUGGUGGUGGGCUACACCAUCGCGGGCGCUUUCCUGUUCGCCCACAUCGAGGGUAGGACCAGACCGAACGUCGCCAAUGACUUCAUUAAACUGAGGAACCUGACGGCCGCUACUCUUUGGGAGCUAACUUCUAAGGUGAAAGAUUUACCCAAGUCGUACUUUCUCAUCUCUCUUUGUGCUGCGACAGCAGGGCACAAUGGAAUCGUGAAUACUCCAGAAGAAAAUGUGUUCUCGGAGAAGCUGUGGAAAGCAAAGGUGAGGGAAAUUCUUGAGAAUUACCAGAAAAGGGUGGUGUCGGCUGCAAAAAGCGGAUACAACGGAAUGGAGGAAAAUAAGUGGACCUUCGCCGGCGCUUUUUUAUAUUCCCUCACUGUGAUAACAACCAUUGGUUACGGCAACAUUUGUCCCAGGACGAAAUGGGGCAAAGUCGUGACUAUAGUGUACGCGAUAAUAGGGAUGCCGCUCUUCCUCCUCUACCUUAGCAAUAUCGGCGACAUUCUGGCCAGAAGCUUCAAAUGGAUCUACGCCCGUUGCUGCCUGUGCAAGUGUCGGAGAAGACCUCGUGAAUCGACGACCGACGCGCCGGAGAUGCCGGACGAUGAUCCAGCUGCGAAGAGAGAUCGAUGGCAGAUGGUGAACACCCACAGCGGGGAGGUAGACACGUCGAGUUUGGAAGAAACUUCGCCGAGAAAUGACGACGGCGGCGACGAGGGCGGUGACGAGGACGACGACGAAGGCGACGAUGAGAGCGACAGCUACGAUCCACAGCACGUGACGGUGCCGUUAACUCUAUGUCUUGCUAUCAUGGUGGGGUAUAUCUGGGGCGGUGCGGUCCUGUUUUCGGAAUGGGAAGACUGGAACAUGUUGGAUGGUUCUUACUUUUGCUUCGUCUCUUUGUCGACUAUAGGUUUUGGCGAUAUCGUCCCGGGCGACAAGAUCUACUCCGGGCAAGGCCUGGAAAUGUCUUUCAUCUUCUGUUCCAUGUACCUGAUGCUUGGAAUGGCGUUAAUUGCCAUGUGCUUUAAUCUUAUGCAAGAGGAAGUGAUCGCCAAGAUUCGCUCUCUGAUACGCAUCAUCAAAUACAUCUUCAGAUGUCAGAGAUGA